AUGUCACGCGUCGUGGCUGACUAUCCCUCCCCCAAUCACGACACCGUCCCCUUCCGCUCUUCUCUCGCACUCGCCGACAUGGAGCUCACCGAUCAUCAGCCGCCGUCGCGUCGACCCUUCGGCCUCUCCCCAACCCUCGGCCAGCUCCUCAAGCAGGUCGGCGACGUCCGAAAAGAAGCCACCGGCGACGGCAGCGAGACUCCCGUCCACCAGGUCCUCGAGCUCGGCGACUCCCACCCCAACCUCCCCCGCUCCAUCCCCUUCGUCCUCUCCUUCAACAACCUCACCUACAGCGUCCGCACCCGCCGCAAGCUCCGCCUCCCCGACCUCCUCCCCGUCCGCCGCAACCGCCUCGGCCCCGCCGCCGCCGACCCCGUCGCCGGCGAGAGCCUCAGCCUCUUCACCCGCACCAAGACUCUCCUCAACGACAUCUCCGGCGAGGCUCGCGACGGCGAGAUCAUGGCGGUGCUCGGAGCCAGCGGCUCCGGCAAAUCGACUCUGAUCGACGCCCUCGCGAACCGAAUCGCGAAAGAUUCGCUCAAAGGAACGGUCAAUUUGAACGGCGAGCCGCUCGAAUCGAGGAUGCUCAAGGUAAUCUCGGCUUACGUCCAGCAGGACGAUCUCCUCUACCCGAUGUUGACGGUGGAGGAGACCCUGAUGUUCGCGGCGGAGUUCCGCCUCCCGCGGACUCUUUCCAAUUCCAAGAAGAAAGCCAGAGUCCAGGCCUUAAUCGACCAGCUCGGCCUCCGCAACGCGGCGAAGACCGUCAUCGGAGACGAAGGCCACCGCGGCGUCUCCGGCGGCGAGCGCCGCCGCGUCUCGAUCGGAAUCGACAUAAUCCACGACCCGAUCAUCCUCUUCCUCGACGAGCCGACCUCGGGGCUCGACUCCACCAGCGCCUACAUGGUCGUCAAAGUCCUCCAGCGAAUCGCGCAGUCCGGCAGCAUCGUCAUCAUGACCGUACACCAGCCGAGCUACAGAAUCCUCGGCCUGCUCGACCGAUUGCUCUUCCUCUCCCGCGGGCAGACCGUCUACAGCGGUUCCCCCAACAACCUGCCCGUUUUCUUCUCCGAUUUCGGGCACCCGAUACCCGACAAGGAGAACCGGACCGAAUUCGCUCUGGAUCUGAUCCGCGAACUCGAAGGUUCCCCUGGCGGCACCAAAUCCCUAGUCGAAUUCAACAAACACUGGCAAACAGUCAAAAACGGCGCCGUAUCUCGCCACCGCCACCACGACGACGACGAUUCAAUUAACCCCCAGAUCUCGCUCAAGGAAGCAAUCUCCGCCAGUAUCUCCAGAGGAAAGCUCGUCUCCGGCGCCACCAACGACGCCAGCUCAGCAUCCAUGGUCCCCACCUUCGCCAACCCGAUCUGGAAGGAAAUGGCGGUCCUCUCCACCAGAUCUGUGACGAAUUCCCGCCGGAUGCCGGAGCUUUUCGGAAUCCGGCUCGGAGCGGUUCUGGUCACCGGAUUCAUCCUCGCGACGAUGUUCUGGCACCUCGACAACUCGCCGAAGGGGAUUCAGGAGCGGCUGGGUUUCUUCGCCUUCGCGAUGUCGACUACAUUCUACACCUGCGCCGACGCGCUCCCGGUUUUCCUCCAGGAGCGUUACAUCUACUUGCGGGAGACUGCGCACAACGCGUACCGUCGAUCCUCCUACGUCCUAUCCCACGCGCUGGUUUCUUUCCCCGCUAUCGCCUUCCUGUCAAUCACCUUCGCAGCGACGACGUUUUGGGCCGUCGGGUUGGACGGCGGGUUCUCGGGUUUCUUGUUCUACUUCUUUAUAAUCCUGGCGUCGUUUUGGGCCGGGAACUCGUUCGUUACUUUCCUAUCCGGCGUCGUUCCGCAUGUGAUGCUGGGUUACACAAUCGUGGUGGCGAUUCUGGCUUACUUCUUGCUGUUCAGCGGGUUUUUCAUAACCCGGGACCGAAUACCCGACUACUGGUUGUGGUUCCAUUACAUGUCGCUGGUGAAGUACCCAUACGAGGCCGUUUUGCUGAACGAGUUCCAGGACCCGCACAAGUGCUUUGUGCGAGGGGUGCAGAUUUUCGACAACUCGCCGUUGGCGGCGCUGCCGGCGGCGAUGAAGCUGCGGCUGCUGAAGAACAUUAGCGGGUCGAUGGGGGUGAACAUAACGGCGACGACGUGCCUGACGACCGGGAGCGACAUACUGAAGCAGCAAGGGAUCACGGAUCUCGGGAAGUGGGAGUGCUUGGUGGUGACGGUGGCGUGGGGUUUCUUUUUCAGGAUUUUGUUUUACUUUGCUUUGUUACUGGGGAGUAAGAACAAGAGGAGGUGA